AUGAAAAAAUUACCGAGCACCUAUCUAGAACCUAAAAUUUUUGAUAACAAAUAUAUUAUAAAGAAUCAACUCAGCUCUGGAUCUUUUGGGGUUGUUUAUUUAGCAAUACAUAAAAUAACAAGAGAAGAAGUAGCAGUCAAAUUAGAAAAAGGAGAACAUGAAACUUUGGAUAGAGAAGUUUAUUUACUGACAAAAUUAUAAGGAAUAUAAGGAAUAACAAAACUUUAUUGGUUUGGAGCAGAAUAAAAUUAUAAUGUAAUGGUUGUUGAAUUAUUGGGAAAAGACUUAGGAUAUUAUAAUCGAACAUAUAAAUAAUUGUCUUUAAAAACGGGAUUGCAAUUAUUAGAUUAAUUAUUGUCUAUAUUUAAAUCAGUGCAUUAAAGAGGAAUAGUGCAUAGAGAUUUAAAACCAGAAAACAUAAUGAUGGGCAAAUAAAAUUCAUCUAUUGUUUAUUUAGUUGAUUUUGGUGUUUCAAAAUUAAUUUUAGACAAGGGCAAACAUAUGUAAGUUUAUAAUAUAAUAAGAGUUCGUUUAAAGAUAGAAAAUCAUUUAUUGGAACUACUAGAUAUGCUUCAAUUGCUGCUCAUAAAGGAUUUGAAAUUAGUAGAAAGGAUGAUCUAGAAUCUAUGAUGUAUGUCAUUAUCUACCUAAUUUUAGGGUAAUUUUUGAUUAUAAUUUUAAGUAAAUUACCAUGGUAGAAUUUAUAAAAUAUUGGUGAUAAAGAUAGAACAAUUGCAGUUGGAGAAGUAAAAAUGAGUACAACCAUUGAAACUUUAUGUAAAGAAUUGCCAAUCCAAUUUGCUGACUAUCUCAGGUAUUCUAAUUUUAUUAAUUAUAAAGAUAUUUAAAAAAUUUAGGGUUUGAAGAUUAACCUGAUUAUGAUAUGCUUAAAUCAUUAAUGAAACAAUGUAGUAAUCCUAAUACAUAUGAUAAUUAAUUUGAAUGGUCUGAUAAAUAAUAAAAUAAAGAUUCUGUAUUAGAAGUUAAAGUUUAAGGUUCAUUUUUGGCUGUUCCUGGAAAUGAUGGUGCUUAAAGAUCUAAUACUAAAAAAUAAUCAAAUAUUUCAAAUCUUGGUAUUUUUUUAAUUUAAUUUAAGGAUCUUCAUCUUCUAAUGUAGUUAAAUAUGUACCAUCUUUUCAGGAUGCUGUAUAAUUAAAAUAAUCAUCAUAAGCUCCUAUCAAAAUUGCUGCAAGUUAACCUCAUUUGGAUUUUAAUUUACAUAGUGAAACUGUUGAUUUUGAUGAUAUUGAAGAGAAUAUGAGUAACCAUCCAACUUUAGAAUAAAAAUAUUUAAAUUUAUCAGGGUUUGAUGCUAAAUUUAAAGAUGAAAAAAUGAAAUUUUCUCGUUCUGCAAUUAAUGUUUUUGAUUAAUGA